CGCAAGACCAGCCGUGCAAAACAGAGAAGGAAAAAGCAAGAGAGUAUACCGAUAGACGAUUCACAAUUAUCGCCAGCGUCGUCAGUCUAGCACGAGCUACCGCUCAGGAGACACCCGUUGGGUUCUUUGCUUCUAAAAAGUUGAAUGAAUAAUGCCUGGCUACCGUCAGCCUAUAUCCCUAGAGGGACUUAGUUUGGGACGUGUGUGCCAGCAAUUGGAUGAAACGUGCCGGCGUCUGCAAGUGCUUUCGCAGGAGACGUCCGCAAGCCAAGUACUAGCAAUUGUUAAGCAGACCAUAAGGCCAUACUACGUCAGCGCAUUACCAGCACGACUACGUUCACGCGUCAUUGAAGAGACAUCACGAAUGCUUUAUGGGCCUGCGGCAGACGGAUCGACGCUUAUUUCCGGCCCAGCACCUCUCUACCUUCUUGCGAUCCUUCUGGGCCAUGAUAUUCGGCAGCUGAAGGUGAACCUGUGUUGCUACUAUGGCUGUAGUCAUCAAACAUCACUUCUAAAACUGUUAGCUAGUGAAGGUGUGGGUCUAGAAUCCCUGGAAUUGGCACGAUCUGCUCUUCUACGUCUUGAUUGUAAACUCUUACGUUCAGCUUUGAUGAAUACAUCUAAUUUAUUAAGCUUGACAUUGAAAAAUAUCGCUAAUGAUUCAGUACUUCAAGUAAUUGGCAAAUCCUGCCCUAAAUUGGUAGUCCUAGACGUAUCUUGUUCAAUGCAAGUUACAGAUUUAGGAUUGAAGCAGUUGUUAUUACAAGUAGAGCUACGAGAUAAAUUUAUUAACAUCGAUCCCGUUGUUCAAGAAACACCAAGCUGGUCUCGUUUGAAGACUCUUUUGACGAAGUUUCGAAUGAAGAAGAACAAAAGGGACAAAAAGGAAAGUGAAGGAGUUCUUUUAGAAUACUGUGAGAGUAGGAACUUUCUUUGUGAUACUUUGAGAGUACUCAAUAUUGCAAACACUGAAGUAACGACCGCUGGAGUACUUCUAGCAUUGGCCCAUGUUUCACAUCUUGAAUCUUUGGCUGACUAUAAUCACAUGGGUAGGGUCAUGGAGAUAAUGAAUCGAGGAGUAAUUGGGUUGAAGACACCUUUCAAUUUAAAACAAGCGAAAAGUAGUCGAACAACUCAAGCACGUCUAGAAUUACUCGCUCAAACUUGCCCACGACUUGAGAAACUUCAUAUCUCAGAACCGCAUCAUCCGCCAGAGGCUUUAAGACUUUUCCCCUACAUCACUAGUCUCAGUGUUCAUGGUAUUCCUGCGACAAAAGAAUGGCUUGCUGGCUUCAGUGGUUAUUUACAUACCAAUGGCCAUCAUCUACGUGAGUUGAACCUACGUGUAACACAAAGUGAUACGCCAUUGCAGCUUGAUUUGAGAGAAAUAUUUAUCAACUGUCCCAACCUGGUUACACUCACUAAGGACGGGGCUAAUGUUAUGUGGUUCGACGGUCCUGAUCCAGUUCCUUUACUUCAUCUUAAAAAAAUACAGCUGGGACGUACAGUCACUGCUACAACCAUCACUAAAAUACUCUUACUUACGCCAGCAUUAAAAUCACUGCACAUUCACAGUUGUUUUGAUCUUACUAAUGAACAUCUAGAAAAUCUUCUUAGUGCUUCAUUAACAUCAAAUACAACUUCAGGUGUUGAUCAACCGGAAAACAGUCUUAUUAGAAAUUUAACAUGUUUUUAUGUGUAUGAGGCGAGUAAAGUUUCUGCAUCUACUGUGCUUAGUAUGUUCAAAAGUUGUACGAAAUUAAAGAGAAUUGGUAAUUUAGCCAAUUGGGGAUUAGAUUGUGAAGGAGUUAAGACUUUAAGAACAACACUUGCUCGUGCUAAUCUUGAUGUAGAUCUUUGUCCUGGAUCACAUUGGUUUUGGAGUAAUUGUAUUAAUUAAAAUCUAUAUCUUUCUUAGAUACUUUCGACUGUUUUGUGAUAUCAGUAUUAAUUGUUCCUCUCAACUUGUCCUUGAAAAAUUUUCUGAAGGUCAACAAGUAAGAAUUGUAACAAAAAAAAAAAAUAAAGAGUGCAGGAUCAAAGACUCUGCUUUAUCCUUCGAUAGUUGGUUAGCAUGAUUACACAUAGUUAUUAUACGUAUUUUCUUUGUUGCCAUCAAUUGUAAUAUAACAUUUGUACUUGUCAUUAACCGAAUCCCUUUUAUUUUUUCUUCAUAAAAAAAAUAAAAUAUCAAAUAUAAAAUGAUCUUAAUUUUUACAUACCUCUGUAAGACCAUGUGAAUGGAGUAGAAGACUUAUUAAUUUUGUAUCUGCUUGUAUUAUUUUAUAAGUCAUGUGCAAUUGCUUGGCAGGUGGGUUGUCAGGUGACGUUGAUAAAGCCGAACAUCUAAAAAAUUAAUUUAAUUAUAAAUAUUCAUUUUUUAAGGUUUAAAUACAUGUCAAACAAUACUAAUA